UGAGCAUUAUUUAUUGGGUGGGUUGUACUCUUUACUGAUACUCUAAUAGGAACAAACACAUAUUCUGAAAGUUUCAUAAUUUUUAGGUUUCUACACUCUCUCAGCCUGCCAUCACCUGUUUCCAUUAACGUUUUCUCUGAAGACUUUUAUAAAGACUUCAGUUGUGAAGCCGACAAGAAAAACAAAAGAUUUCUUUAUUCUUCAGGUCCAUGUUUUACACCUUUCUAGAGGGUCUUUCAUCUCCUUAGUUUUGUAUUAAAUAUCCCUUUUUUACAUUUAUGCAUCAAGAUGACACAAUCAAUAAUUGAAAGUCAGCUUGCAACAAAUACCAGUGAAGAGUAUGAUUAUCCUGAUUACAAUUUGACCAGUGGAAGUAUAGGAGAUGAAGUCUGUAACAAGACAAAAGUUGACCAGUUUGGAAGAGCCGUCACUCCAGUCAUUUUUAUCAUCGUUGUUCUGUUCAGCUGUGUUGGAAACUCAUUGGUCCUGUAUGUCCUUGUGAAGUAUGAAAAUCUGAAAUCCCUCACCAACACAUUUCUGUUAAAUCUGGCUAUCUCUGAUCUGAUUUUCACCUUUGGCCUGCCUUUCUGGGCCUACUAUUAUAUGUAUGGCUGGACUCUUGGAGAUUUUGCCUGCAAAGCAGUUAACUAUGUGUUCUACACGGGAUAUUACAGCAGCAUCAUCUUCCUGACAGUUUUGACUGUCCACCGCUACAUGGCCGUGGUUCACCCCUUGUCAGUGGUCAUGUGUAGAAAGAGCCUGCACUGCUACGUAACAUCAGUUGUCAUCUGGAUCAUCAGUCUUUUCGCUGCCGUCCCACAAGCCAUGUUCAACUCUGUAGUGUACAGCCCCAUUGAAGUAAUGAUAGAGGGUCAAAAUAACAACACCAAUGUUCUGCUUUGUGAUUUUGAAGGUGAAAUUAAUUGGAAGCUUAAAACUACAUAUUUGCAAAAUUUCUUUUUCGUCGUUGCAUUUGUGAUCAUUGCUUUUUGCUACACUGUGAUCCUGGCACGGCUGCUUCGACCAACAUCUCACACUCGUAAGAAGACAGUGCAGCUCAUCCUCUUCAUAGUGGUGUUUUUCUUCUUGGGAUGGGGGCCAUACAACGUGGCCAUAUUUCUGGACUCUCUGAUUUCAUGGGGAAUCUCUCCUUUUUAUGAGUGUGACGUCAGUAAAUCUAUAGACUAUUGGAUCUACAUCUCUCGGAUGAUGGCUUUCUCACACUGCUGCCUGAAUCCUGUGUUUUAUGUUUUUAUGGGGAUAAAAUUCAGAAACCACUUGAAGAAAAUGUUAUGGACUUUCUGUAAGAAGAACAAUGAGCCUCAGAAUCGAAUCAGCAGGCUUAUUUACUCCAACGGUGAAGAAAUAUCAAUGUAUUAGCCAUCUAUCCCUAAAAAUAACUCCAAAACAAUAAGUUUACAACUGAUUUUCAGCAACAAAAUGAAUGCAAUGUAAAGUGUCUGUACUGUAAUUGAACAAACUUUUAAAAAUGUUCCAAUCAAUUAUAUUACUAAAAUUGCAUGUAAAAUAGCUCUAAAAAUCUGAUGAAAUUUUACAAGAGCUUAUGUACAUUUAUUGUGUUAAAUUCAUUUGCAAUAUAUAUUUGCUUUCUUUUACACAUUAAUACUUGAUGUAACAAAUGAUGAACAAAUAAUAUAAGGGUGUAUAUAACAAACAUGUUAGCUGUGAUCACAUGCUCUUAACUACAUUUGUCAUUAUGCAUGUUUCACAUUGUUAUUAGUUUUAUUAACUUUAAAUAGCUUUACUAAAAAAAAGUGUUUUAAAAAAGAAACUGCACAAUGUAUGCAAUUUGUCCUCUUUUACACUUGGAACCUCUACAGUCUCAAACUGAGUGAAUCAUUAUCAUUUAUCCUUUAAUAUAGUUCUGAUUUAUUCAAUGUUUUUGAAAACGUACAAUAAAUAUAUCCCUGCA